AUGACUCUCGCUGGACGCGCCUACACCUCAGCUGGACAGGCGGCUGCGGCGCGUAAGUCUAUUGCGGUCCUUCAGGUCUUCCAUGCCAAAAUCCUCGCAUCCGCCGAGUCUGGCCGGGACCCUGCUACCCUCAGAAAUCUGAGGAGCGCGACAGACCUGGCUCUACGCGCCACCAAGACCACUGCCCAGGCGAUUUGGAGAUCGAUGGCCAGCCUUGUGGUGCUCCAGCGCCAUUUAUGGUUGACGCUGAUGGAGAUGAAGGAUAAGAUCCCCUUCCUCGAUGCUCCUGUCUCCCCCAAGAGCCUUUUCGGCCCAGCGGUCGAAGGGUUUGCUGAACGCUUCACAAAGCUGACGCAGUCUGAACUGGUUUGCACUCCUUUGUUUGAUCUCAACCAAGGAACACGGAGCAGCUGGGAAGGCUUGCUGGGACCCGUCUUGCCCUCUCGGAUCACUGCAGUAACAUCACUCACUGCUCCUGGAGUGACCCUACUAACUGGAAACUGGAAAAAGCACAGAGCAACAAAUAAGAUUUUGGAAUUGAAGAAGCCAUCCUGCACAGACGCCUUAGUGCUCCACCGUGAUCCAAACCCAGAGGCUAAAGCUGAGGAUGGGCCUUUUAUAGUCAGUAUGGACGAGGACAACUCGCUCCAAGACAAGCGGCCAGUUGCAUCUACGCCUAUACCUGGAUCACCAUGGUGUGUAGUGUGGACAGGUGACGACAGGGUGUUUUUCUUCAAUCCCACCAUGCAUUUGUCAGUGUGGGAGAAACCAAUUGAUCUGAAAGACCGCGGAGACCUCAAUCGAAUCAUCGAGGACCCGCCACAUAAACGCAAGAAAGACUCUUUAGACGAUGGCUCUAAUGUUGAUGCUGAUGAUGAUGAUGAAGAGGAACAUAGUUCAAAGACCAAGCGCUACAAACUGGACCAUCCUGUUGAGUGUGAAGGAAAAAACGGAUCAUCUCUUCGGAUGGUUUUACCGUUGGAGCUCCGGAUCGGCCACUUCAGAGACAUGCUUCUGGAAAGAGUGUCUACACCAUAA